AUGCGCAGAGCUUACAGGGGGACGGAGUCAAAUAGGCGUACGUACGACCCCGAACAGUCUUCUGAAAGUGAAGGGGAACAUGCAGCUUAUUAUACAGGAGAUUCAAGCUCGGAAAUGUCGAGUGAUCUGCGGCCAAACAGGCCUCAUCCGACACCUGAACCAACAAGCACCACUCACUACACGCAACCACAACACCCGUAUUCUUCAGCUUAUCAGCAGGUGCUGGGUAAGGUUCAUGAGUUUGAAGCCUCAGAUGACGACUCUGACUGGGAGGGGCCAAGCAGCGGAGCAACAACAGAAACACCCUCAACGCAGCAGCAAGGCGCCGCUCCCCCUUCCACUGCAGCGCCAAACACAGAAGGCGGUGAAAGAUCAACGGAAAGGGGACAAACGAGCAGCCCUCAAACGUCGACCCCAGCCCACCACACAACAGUUGUGGUUGCAUCGGUUCAUCAGCCACCUGUACAGCAAGCUGAUGGACAUCACCCGCCCACCAGCCCUCCCUCUUCUGUAGGCCCAUUUGGCAACAACGCCGCUGUCGCUCAAGAGAGCACCGCAGAUGCCAUUUCAGACGCAAGUUCUGUCAGUUCACGAGGCAGCGAACGCAGGCGUUCUGUGCAUGGAGAUGCCUCAAGCAGCUCCAGUGGAACCGAACAGCAGCACGGAGAUACAAGAGAGAAGACAAAUACAUUAUCUGAUCUCGUCAGCAAGGGUGUUGGAAGCGAGCUGCUGAACUGCAUUGAGCUGCCUCUCGGCUACCAAGAGCUUGACUCGAAAGUCGACGAUUUCUGCAGACUCAUCAAGAAGAAAGGAAUCAGAUACCCAAACCAUCCUACACAAACCGCCUGUAGAAAAGGAGCCAAGCAUGUUGUCACUCAGCUCCGGCGUGUUUACAGCGAAUGCAAUGACGGAAUUUACAAUUGCCUCACAAAGUUCUGGCUUUCGCCCGCCAUUCCAGGGGUCACCAAACUAAGGAGUCUAAUGGGAAUCCCACAUUUGGCCAAACCCGGUUUACUUGAGUCUUAUAUAAUUCAAGUAUUGGAGUCGCCUCAACUUAUGAAAGUGUGGAGGCACCCUAAUAUGGAGUCAAAUUCCUGCAUAUUUGGCCAUCAGUAUGAAGCGUUUGUCGUUGGGACGCCUGCAAUUCCUACUACUUCUAUCACAACGGCAAGCAGUAGAUUCAUCAAUGUAGCAAACGGCGACAUUGACGCGGCUAAAAGGAAGGCGCGCAACUUCUCCCAGGACUUGAAACAAGCAAAGGAGGACUGGGAAGAUGUAGAAAAAACACAGGCAAUCGCGAGAGUUCAUGCUGCAAUGUCCGUUACCCUGAGUAAGUUUCUAGCAAAUCUCACCCCAGUUUCUGAUCUCAAAAGCUCUUGA